ACUGCGAAGGGGGGGAUUCCCUCCCUCGUGCUCGUAGCGGACUGGCCCCUCUCCGGGCUGGGAGCUCCGGCCGAGCGGAGGCGCGACGGAGAGCACUAGCGCAGGGCAGAGAGCCCGGAGCGACCGGCCAGAGUAGGGCAUUCGCUCGGGUGCUGCAGAGAACGAGGGCAGCUCCGAGCCGCCCCGGAGGACCGAUGCGCCGGGUGGGGCGCUGGCCCCUAGGGCGUGAGCCGUCCGCAGAUUGAGCAACUUGGGAACGGGCGGGCGGAGCGCAGGCGAGCCGGGCGCCCAGGACAGUCCCGCAGCGGGCGGGUGAGCGGGCCGCGCCCUCGCCCCUCCUGGGCCUGCCCCCGUCGCGACUGGCAGCACGAAGCUGAGAUUGUGGUUUCCUGGUGAUUCAGGUGGGAGUGGGCCAGAAGAUCACCGCUGGCAAGGACUGGGUCGGUUUUUGGAGUAGUCCCUGCUGACGUGACAAAAAGAUCUCUCAUGUGAUAUUCCGAGGUACCUUUGAGGAAGUCUGUCUUUGAGGACCUCCCUUUGAGCUGAUGGAGAACUGGGCUCCCCACACCCUCUCUGUCCCCAGCUGAGAUUAUGGUGGAUUUGGGCUACGGCCCAGGCCUGGGCCUCCUGCUGCUGACCCAGCCCCAGAGGUGUUAGCAAGAGCCGUGUGCUACCCACCCUCCCCGAGACCACCCCUCCGACCAGGGGCCUGGAGCUGGCGCGUGACUAUGCGGCUUGGGCUGUGUGUGGUGGCCCUGGUUCUGAGCUGGACGCACCUCACCAUCAGCAGCCGGGGGAUCAAGGGGAAAAGGCAGAGGCGGAUCAGUGCCGAGGGGAGCCAGGCCUGUGCCAAAGGCUGUGAGCUCUGCUCUGAAGUCAACGGCUGCCUGAAGUGCUCACCCAAGCUGUUCAUCCUGCUGGAGAGGAACGAUAUCCGCCAGGUGGGCGUCUGCUUGCCGUCCUGCCCACCUGGAUACUUCGACGCCCGCAACCCCGACAUGAACAAGUGCAUCAAAUGCAAGAUCGAGCACUGUGAGGCCUGCUUCAGCCAUAACUUCUGCACCAAGUGUAAGGAGGGCUUGUACCUGCACAAGGGCCGCUGCUAUCCAGCCUGUCCCGAGGGCUCCUCAGCUGCCAAUGGCACCAUGGAGUGCAGUAGUCCUGCGCAAUGUGAAAUGAGUGAGUGGUCUCCAUGGGGGCCCUGCUCCAAGAAGAAGAAGCUCUGUGGUUUCCGGAGGGGCUCCGAGGAGCGGACACGCAGGGUGCUACAUGCCCCUGUGGGGGACCAUGCUGCCUGCUCUGACACCAAGGAGACCCGGAGGUGCACAGUGAGGAGGGUGCCGUGUCCUGAGGGGCAGAAGAGGAGGAAGGGAGGCCAGGGCCGGUGGGAGAAUGCCAACAGGAACCUGGCCAGGAAGGAGAGCAAGGAGGCGGGCGCUGGCUCUCGAAGACGCAAGGGGCAGCAACAGCAGCAGCAGCAAGGGACGGUGGGGCCGCUCACAUCUGCAGGGCCCGCCUAGGGACACUGUCCAGCCUCCAGGCCCAUGCAGAAAGAGUUCAGUGCUGCUCUGUGUGAUUCAAGCUUUCCUGAACUGGAACGUCGGGGGGGGAAAACGUACACACACACUCCAAUCCAUCCAUGCAUACAUAGACACAAGACACACACGCUCAAACCCCUGUCCACAUAUACAACCAUACAUACUUGCACACAUGUGUGUGCAUGUACACACACACAGACACAGACACCACACACACACACACACAUACACACACACACACACCUAAGGCCACCAGAAGACAUUUCCAUCCCUCGGGCCCAGCAGUACACACUUGGUUUCCGGAGCUCCCAGUGGACAUGUCAGAGACAACACUUCCCAGCAUCUGAGACCAAACUGCAGAGGGGAGCCUUCUGGAGAAGUUGCUGGGAUUGGACCAGUCACUGUGGCAGAUGGGAGCCAAGCUUCAGGACUGCUGGUGACCUGGGGAGAAACCUUCUUCCCACCCCGUUCAGCACUCCCAGCUGUGUGACUUUAUCGUUGGAGAGUAUUGUUACCCUUCCAUGAUACAUAUCAGGGUUAACCUGACUUUGAAAACUGCUUAAAGGUUUAUUUCAAAUUAAAACAAAAAAAUCAAUGACAGCAGUAGACACAGGCACCACAUUACUUUGCAGGGUGUGAGGGUCUGGCGAGGUAUGUGUGGGAGCAAGAAGGGACAGGGAAUUUCAAGAGUCCCCAAAUAGCCUGCUCAGUAGAGGGUCAUGCAGAGAAGAAAGAAAAGUUAGGGGCUGCUCUGAGGGUGGUAAACAGGCUGUCUAUAUCCUUGUUACUCAGAGCAUGGCCCGGCAGCAGUGUUGUCACAGGGCAGCUUGUUAGGAAUGAGAAUCUCAGAUCUCAUUCCAGACCUGGUGAGCCAGAGUCUGAAUUUUAAGAUUCCUGAUGAUUGGCAUGUUAUCCAAAUGUGAGAAGUGCUGCUGUAAUUCCCCUUAAAGGAUGAGAGAAAGAGCCCCGGCCAUCUUGCAGCAGGAGGGAUUCUGGUCAGCUAUAAAGGAGGACUUUCCAUCUGGGAGAGGCAGAAUCUAUAUACUGAAGGGCUAGUGGCACUGCCGGGGGAAGGGAGUGCGUAGGCUUCCAGUGAUGGCUGGGGACAAUCCUGCCCAAAGGCAGGGCAGUGGAUGGAAUAACUCCUUGUGGCAUUCUGAAGUGUGUGCCAGGCUCUGGACUAGGUGCUAGGUUUCCAGGGAGGAGCCAAACACGGGCCUUGCUCUUGUGGAGCUUAGAGGUUGGUGGGGAAGAAGAUAGGCAUGCACCAAGGAAUCAUACAAACACAUAUAUAACUACAAAAGGAUGGUGCCAAGGGCAGGCGACCACUGGCAUCUAUGCAUAGCUAUGAAAGUGAAUAAAACAGAAUAAAAAUAAAAUACUUUCUCUCAGGGAGGUGUCUCAGAGGAUGUGAUAUUUGAUCCUAACUCUGAAGGAUGGGUAGAAGGAUUUUAGACAGACUGCUGCUGUCCAGUAGAAAUAUGUGAGCCACAUAUUUAAUUCAACAUUUUUGGGCUGGGUGCGGUGGCUCAUGCCUGUAACCCUAGCACUUUGGGAGGCUGAGGUGGGCAGAUCACGAGGUCAGGAGUUCUAGACCAGCCUGACCAACAUGGUGAAACCCCGUCUCUACUAAAAAUACAAAAAUUAGCCGGGUGUGGUGGUGUGCACCUGUAAUCCCAGCUACUCGGAGGCUGAGGCAGGAGAGUCACUUGAACCCGGGAGGCAGAGGUUGCAGUGAGCUGAGAUCACACCACUGCACUCCAGCCUGGGCAAAACAGCGAGACUGUCUCAAAAAAAAAAAAAAAAUGCCAGGCAGGGUGGCUCACGCCUGUAAUCUCAACACUUUGGGAGGCAAAGACAGGAGGAUCACUUGAGCCCAGGAGUUUGAGACCAGCCUAGUGUGUAAAAAAAAAUUAGUAAUAAAAAAAGAAAAUGUUUUUCUAGUAGCCACAGUAUAAAAGGAAGAAGAGGUGAAAUUAAUUUUAAUUACAUCUGUUAUUUAACUAUAUAUAUGCUAAGUAUUAUCUUUUUUUUUUCCUCAUAGAGGUGAGGUCUCACUAUGUUGCCCAGUCUGGUCUUGAACUCCUGGGCUGAGUCGAUCCUCUUGCCUCGGCUUCCCAAAGUGCUGGGAUUAUAGGUAUGAGCCACUGCAUCUGGCCCCAAAGUAUUAUCUUUUUAACAUGCAAUCAAAGUAAAAAAAUUAUUAGUGAGAUCUUUUACAUUUUUAAAACUAAGUGUUCAAUGUUCCAUGUGUAUUUUUACACUCACGGCAUAUCUUAAUUUGGAUGCUAAAUUUUCACCAGAAAUACCUGAUCUGUAAUUACAUUGCAUAAAAACUGAAGUUGAAAAAGAAGAUACACA